GGAAGUUCCAGCGCAGUUUCUCGUUCCGGUUCCUCGGCGCGGCUUGUGCAGUUGCUACGUGUCCUUAGCGCGAGCGGUUUGUUCGGCCCCGGAGCCUCAGGCAGUCAUGGAUCAAGUAAUGCAAUUUGUUGAGCCCAGCCGUCAAUUUGUAAAAGAUUCCAUCAGGCUUGUUAAAAGAUGCACUAAGCCAGACAGAAAAGAAUUCCAGAAGAUUGCCAUGGCAACAGCAAUAGGUUUUGCGAUAAUGGGAUUUAUUGGUUUCUUUGUGAAAUUGAUCCAUAUCCCUAUCAACAACAUCAUUGUUGGUGGUUGAACACUCACCAAGAAGAUCUGUUACCUGAAGUUUGGAGUGAUGGACAGUGGGCGUGGGAUGGGGGUUUGUUUACUAAUGUUUCAUAAAUCUGUAUCUUGUUUACCUACUGCUAUAAACCAGGUUAAGAUUUAAAAC